AUUACCAAUUUGCCCUUCUCAUCUCCAAUUUGUCUAUCAUGUGAUCCUGUUUGUUUAUAUCAUCACAUCAUCCACUUCGCUCUUUCCUCCUUCCUGCUCAGAUUUCAUCUACAGAUCCAACAAUCACAACCCCCAAUUUAAUUUCCUCUUAAAAGGUGAGUGUGCCAUGUGAAUUUGAACAAGAACAAGCUUCGGCAUUCGGUUAUUUAUUUAAUUGGUGAUACACAAACGCUGUGGGAAAUCAAUACACAAACAAUGGUGCGAAGGGGUGGUUUGAUGGGUGCUAAACAUUCUCUUACACUCUCUCCAGUUCUUUCUGUUUGGGAAUGUAUUAUUCGUAAAAAGAGGUAUUCGUUCAGACCCGAGUGGUUGUAGAGGCAGGCGAGAAGAGUGACCGUUACAUUUGAUUAGUCUUUUGGUUCAUAGUACUAGAUAACAAAAGAAAGAAGAAAUUAACUAAAAAAAAAAAAUUCAUAGUCAUGAUUUAUACUUUUUAGAGGAAACUUUAGAUUUGGUUAAUUAAAGAAAGUUGAAGUUUUUAUAUAGAAUUAAGAUAUAAUGGAGUGUGGUAAAGCACCAUCUGGUGUUAGAAAAGUUAAGAAGAAGCAGGUGAAGGACGAAAUGGAUCGUAUCAAACAGGCCGAGAAGAAAAAAAGGCGUUUGGAGAAAGCCCUCGCAGCAUCAGCAGCCAUAAUUUCUGAGCUGGAAAAGAAGAACCAAAAGAAGAAAGAAGAACAACAAAGGCUGGAUGAAGAGUGUGCUGCCAUAGCGGAGGCAGUUGCUUUGCACGUCCUGAUUGGUGAAGAAUCAAACAAAUCAUGUGUUCCAGCCAUGAUGCACAAGGAAGAAGAAGAAGAAUGGUAUCCAUGGGGAUACGGUGCCAGUAACUUUGGUCUUUUUAUGGGUGACAGUCAUGCUAGAACGACAGCUACUGUCAUUCCUCACUCGCGGCAACUUGUUGGGAGUCCAAAUGGAGAUACAUGUUGGGUUUCUGAUGGUUGUGGAGGAUCCGGACACCAAUGGAAUGGAUAUGGCUUGAGUGAUGGUGGGUAUUUCUUGAGUGGUGUUCAGGCACCGUAUGUUAUGGAGAGAGACUGGGAAGCUGCAGAAGCUAUUUCUUCGCUCCAGAUUGCAGAUGAUGGUGUGAACGCCUUUGUUUUCAAUAGAAUGAUGAGAGGAUGAAUGCAUCUUCAAGUGUUGUGUUUGAUGCAGUGAUGAUUUAUUUUGUGUGUAUUUACAGGGGAGAUCUUGAUGAAUCAUUCUCUAUUGUGAGUGGAUGGUGGGUUGUGUUCAUUUGAUCUUGUUUCUUAAGUUUAUCCUUUGUUAAUGAGGAAUCAAAUACUGGUACUUGAGUGUUGAUGUUACUGAAUAACAAAAAGUUAAUGUAUCGUGUUUCUUUGCUUUUUAUUGA